UUGAGGCUGAGAGAGAAAUAGAGCGCGAAGUUAGUAUGACGUUUGGGUGUUGGCGGGGAGUGGAGUGGGGUAUUUAUGGUGCGGCGUUUUGGGCUGGAAGCCCAUUGGGGCGAAAUGAAGUGGGCCAUUUUAAGAGACCCGUAAUAUGGUUUCAAUGAGUGGGAGUUUCUACGAUAUAAUAUGGUUGCCACGAUUGUUCCGAUUCCUCCAAAGACCAUUGGCACACUUUAUUUCUGCUCUUAGAUCGCCCAAGUGUAGAGAAGGCUAUGCCUCAAUUGGCGGUGGUUCUCCCAUGCGAAAGAUAACUGAUGCACAGGCAAGAAAUUCUUCUUCUUCUUGCCUUUUAUUUUAAUGCACACCAUUAUUGCUGUUUCACAAUCGAGAUCACAAAAAAAGAUUAGAGGAAUACUGAGAAUAAUUUCUGCAUUUUCACUCACUUGUUCAAUGCAUGGUUUGUGAGUGCAAUGGGGGAUGCAUGAUUGCUUGAAGAUCAUUUAUGUUCAUACAAUAUUCUGACAUCCUGGAUUGGUUUAAAUGACAAUAAAACUUUCUUUUUCGUUAGGGAGGAUGAAUACCUAUUUAACAUGCAACAUUCGAAGAUAUAACAGUUCAGAAAAUGUUGUUCAUUAUAGUCGAAUGCUAAUCGACCUUUUUGGUUCAUAAGUGUUACUAUUCAUGUCUUGGCAUCAAAAUGUAACUUGAACAAGUACAUAACCAGCACUUAUGAGUUGAUGAUACUAUUUGCAUAUUGACUGCGUGCAGAUUACCUAGUUUAGAAAUCAAAAUCAUAUUCAGUCAAUUAAAUUUUUAUGCUAUUCUUCAAAAUCAUAUUUGCAUGUGAGAACAUAGAAACUUUGGACGAAAUAGACGUGGAAUAUAAAGAACUGGCUUUAAAAUCUAGGAUAGGAAAAUGGGGACGUGUUCCAGCGUUCGGAUGUGAGCCUACUUUCAUAACAGAUUUGGCUGAUGCUGUAAUUGAGAGUCUUCCAUAUGUCAGGGCAAUGGCUGUCUCAAAUCUUGAAGCUCGCCAGAUGGAGCAUCAUUUGUGGUUCACUCGACCAAAACAGAAGCCAAGGCAAGGCCGAUAAAAAGGAAUAAAAGGGUCUUUCGGCAAAAGAGAUAAGUGCCAACUUGGUUGAAAAAGAAGUGUGGUGGAGAGAUUUGAACCUUACAGAUGAUAAUUAGAAUUUUGACGCUCCAUCAUCAAAACAUGCUUUCGCUUCCACCCCACAGAUGAAGAGCUUGUUGCUUACUAUUUGGAUAGAAAGAUCAAUGGCCGCUCCAUCGAGCUCGAGAUCAUCCCCGAGAUCGAUCUUUAUAAGUGCGAACCUUGGGAAUUACCUGAUAAGUCCCUUUUGCCAAGCAUAGAUAUGGAGUGGUACUUCUAUAGCCCUCGGGAUCGAAAGUACCCGAAUGGGUCGAGAACGAAUCGGGCGACGAGGGGCGGAUAUUGGAAGGCUACUGGAAAAGAUCGAGUGGUUCAGUCGCAAAAACGGGUGGUUGGAAUGAAGAAGACUUUGGUGUAUUAUAAAGGAAGAGCUCCUCAUGGGAUUAGAACCAAUUGGGUUAUGCACGAGUAUCGUCUUCUUCAUUCUCAACACGCCACUGCGGCGUCGUGUUCUUCGACAAAGGACUCUUAUGCAUUGUGUCGUGUAUUCAAGAAGACAACCCAAAUACCGAAACCUGUAAGGGAAAAGGCAAGCGGAGUUGAUGUCAAAGCACCGUUGUGGCAGAUGGGAGACGAGCAAGACAUGCAAGUCGACGAGAGCGGAGGGGCGGAAAGCUUGAGAGGAGGGAUAGAAAGCAAUGAAGAUGGUGAUAGUUUUGAUCACCUUCUUCAUGAGUACAACCCUAAAAUCUUCAGCUCUGAAAACUCUUCCUCCGAUCUCACACAAGGGAAUGUCGCCGACGACUUGCCGGCUCCGGUGGCCUCCGAUAACGAAGCCAAUAGUGCAGCAAAUAAUCUGUAUCCAAUUCACAUUGAAUGCCCUUCAAAUUUCAUACAGAUACCGAGCAAUCUUCAUUACCAACAUCCUUACUACCCGCCAUUGGAGCUCGAGGACUUCCCUCAGCUGAACAUAAUGGGGGAAACGAAGACAUGGAUGAAAGUCGAGUGCAUGGACGAGUACGUGAAGUUCGACAAGUUUAGAGAGUCGAUGAAUGGAAGUUUAGAGGAGAUUUUGUCUGCAUGUAGUGUUCCCAUGCAAGAAGAUCAUAAUGUCCAGCAGUACUCUUCCUUAUUACAGUAACGUAAGAUCCUCAAUUCCAAAGCUUACGUUUACUGUACAUUAUAAAUUUACAGGUUACACACUAAAAUCAAUCUCUAAAAUAUAAUGUAGAGAGAGAAAAAGAUAUGAUUUUUGCAUGUUGAGAGAGAGAGAGAGAGAGAGAGAGAGAGAGAGAGAGAGAGAGAGCUGACAAUAUCAUAACAUGAAAUUAAGAUAGUUUAAGGAUUCCAUGUAAUGGUUUUUUUUUUAGCAUUUACAUGUGUAAUAGAAUCAUGUUUGUUUU